UUAGCCGUCUGCUCUAUUAGUUUUAAGCUCACAAUCUCGGGGAGAAAUCCAUUGAAAACCUCGAUCGAUCAAAGCUUUGAAUUUGAUCAGAAAAAAGAGAGAUUAGCCAUGGCAGCAUCUGUGUUGAAGGCAGGAGUAAGCUUUGGAUCCUCUCAAUGGAUGAGUGGAUCAAAAUCAAUUGAAGUACAGAAACCAGGGAAGCCUCAAAGGGCCUCCUUUUCGAUCAGAGCCUCCGCUGCCUACGCCGAUGAGCUUGUCCAAACAGCGAAAACUGUUGCAUCGCCUGGACGUGGUAUUCUUGCUGUAGAUGAGAGCAAUGCUACUUGUGGGAAGAGACUUGCUUCAAUUGGGCUGGAGAACAAUGAGACAAACCGUCAAGCAUACAGACAGCUCCUAUUGACCACACCUGGACUUGGUCAAUAUAUUUCUGGUGCCAUCCUGUUUGAAGAGACUCUCUACCAGUCCACAACUGAUGGCAAAAAAUUUGUUGAUGCUAUGCGUGAGGGGAAUAUCAUGCCUGGAAUCAAAGUAGACAAGGGUUUGGUCCCAUUGCCUGGAUCAAACAAUGAAUCUUGGUGCCAAGGUCUUGAUGGAUUAGCUUCAAGAUCUGCUGAAUAUUAUAAACAGGGUGCACGGUUUGCUAAAUGGCGAACUGUUGUCAGCAUUCCUAAUGGGCCUUCUGAGUUAGCUGUUAAGGAGGCUGCUUGGGGGCUUGCACGUUAUGCUGCUAUUUCUCAGGACAAUGGCCUUGUGCCCAUUGUUGAGCCAGAGAUUCUUUUGGAUGGUGAUCACUCCAUUGACAGAAGCCUUGAAGUGGCAGAGAAAGUCUGGGCAGAAGUUUUCUUCUAUUUGGCUCAGAAUAAUGUGUUGUUUGAGGGUAUUCUAUUGAAGCCCAGCAUGGUAACUCCAGGUGCUGAACAUAAGGAGAGAGCAUCCCCACAGCAGGUUGCAGAGUACACUCUUAAAAUGCUUAAGAGAAGAGUGCCACCAGCUGUUCCUGGAAUUAUGUUUUUGUCAGGAGGACAGUCUGAGGUGGAAGCAACCUUGAAUUUGAAUGCAAUGAACCAAAGUCCAAACCCAUGGCAUGUGUCCUUUUCAUAUGCUCGAGCAUUACAGAAUACAUGUCUAAAGACCUGGAAGGGUCUUCCAGAGAAUGUUGAAGCAGCUCAGGUAGCACUUAUUAAACGAGCAAGGGCUAAUUCUCUUGCUCAGCUUGGGAAAUACUCUGCUGAGAAUGAAAGUGAUGAUGCCAAGGCUGGAAUGUUUGUGAAGGGCUACACUUACUAGGAAAAUGGUUUUUCCUUUCACUUUGAGAAAUCUUUCAAUUAUAAGUAGGCUAAACUUUUCUUUUUAAUUAGUUAGCACUUUGAGUUUUCAACUUAUUUUCAGAGUUUGUAUGUCUGCUAUGUAUUCUGGUAAUAUGCAACAUACCAAAAAUGGUCGAAGCGGCUUUUAAACUAGGACUAGCCUUUUGAGAAUGUAGCUAGCAGAAUAAAAGUUUAUGAUUUUAGGUCUUAAAUUUUAUCAGUCAACUACGAAGUGAUGGACAUUUCUCUCAAUCUAUCGAAAAUAAUAAAUAUGCUAGUUUAUUUAUCA